AUGGCGACUGUUUCAGAUUCGAAAAAGAAUGACGAGCAGACGAUUAAGGUUGCAUCGAAAAAGGACAAUAGGAAUCGCUCCAAUGGUACUAUCAAACUGAAGAAGCCAGCACCCAAGCACAGUAAGCCCGGCAACUGGAGAGAAGGUAGCGUAAUCGAAGAUGAAAAGAAGCCAAAAAAUGCCGACAAUUCUGCGUCUAUUUCCGUUGCCUCCCCAGGUCCUGUUGUUAAUCCGCUUGAUGACAGUGCGCGGGAAGCAUUCGCGACUGGCCGUCCCCUAGAAGAUAGCCCCGACCUUCAACAAUGCAAGCAUUGCAAGAAAAGCAUUCUCAAGACGGCUGCCAAAGCUCAUAUUGCACAGUGCUUGAGACUGAAGAAGGAGAAAGCCCAGCGAAAGAAGGAGGCGAGGGAGGCCCGCGAGCGAGCUAAAGAAGCAGCUCGAGAGGAAGAGGCUAGAAAAGCAGACGAGGACGGCGAAGGCAAGGGUGACGAUGAUAGCGACGGGGAUGACGACGGACCUGAUAAAAAGGCCACUGGCAACAAAACUGCUAAAAAGGCUGCAGGCAAGAAAACAGACGGAGAGGCGGGCAAAGGCAAGAAACGCAAAGCGGAUGGUGACGGCGAAAAGGGCCCUAAACAGAAAAAGAAGAAGGAGGAACCGAAACCAAAAGCCCCAAAGCCCAAGGGACCUGUCGAUGUUGAACGACAGUGUGGUGUUUUGUUACCUAACGGCCAGCCUUGUGCGAGGUCGUUAACUUGCAAGAGCCAUUCCAUGGGCGCUAAACGUGCGGUGGCAGGGAGAUCUUUACCUUAUGACAUGCUUCUAGCGGCCUACCAGAAGAAAAACCAGGCGAAACAGCAGAAGGCUGCGCUCGACGCCAAUGCUCCGCUAGAUGAUGAAGAUGAAGCCAACGCGGGACCAGUAGACUCAGACGAAGAGACGUCCGCUGUUAUGAGUGCUCUGUCACACUGGAACCCACAACCCGUGGUGCCGCAGCCGAUACUGAAUCCGAUCAAGAGGCAGUAUCAGCUAGCGCGGCUUCACGAGCAGUUACAGAUGGCAACAAAUGGUGGCAGAACCAAUAUCUUCAAGGUUGUAGGUCUCGGCGCGCAAAAAUUACCCGAAGGUCAUCUGGGACUCAUUGACACAGAGGACGCGCCGGGCGAGCCCGAUACCUCAGUCAUAAAUUUUGGGGGCUCUCGCAGAUCCUCCAGUUUCAGUAUGCAGGGACAGCCACAACGCAGACAGUCAAUAACCAACCGUGCUUGA